GAAGAAGAACACUGUAGACAUGCAACACGGCUAAAAGCAAUGUUACAGAUAUUGACUAAAAAGAUGUGUAUUAGUCGAUGUAUCAUCUCAUAAUAGAUACAUUGUUUUAAAAUUGUGUAUUUUUAUUCUUUAACGCAUUUAACCUCGGACACCGCAUUAGUUUAAAACGUUUUGCGAAUCAUUUAGCACGUUUCUCCUAGCUAAGUUCAGGCAUGUUGUGAAAUAUAUUGCGUGAAAUAUUUAUUGGAUAUGAUUAGUUUGGUUAUGUAUUGAGGCCAGCAUAGUUCACGUGUCCAUGGGGAAAAGGAAAGACAUGAUACAUCCCAGGUUUCUCGCCGGAAAUGUGGAUGAUUAUAAUAUUCACAAGAAGAAACACAAAAAGCACAAGAAACACAAAAAGAAGCAUCACCGGGAUGAUGGACAUAGUUUCUCAUCUGAGGCUUUGGAGUCGGACUCCGGCAUGGUGCUCAAACCCCCUCAACUUAAACUCAAAAUCAAACUAGGAGGACAAACUCUAGGCACCAAGAGGUCUGUGCUUUUUAGUGUGCCCACAUUUACAGUGAUCCCAGACUCUCUACGUGUGGUGUCACCUCUAAAUGUAGACAGCGAUGAUGAUGAGGAUGAUGAGGACUCUGAUGAUGACUUGCCAUCAGAGGGUGUUCCCAUUGAACAAUACAGAGCCUGGCUGGAUGAAGACAGUAACCUGGACCCGUCACCACUGCCAGACAUAGACACAGACUCACUUUUGGGAGUCCCCAUGGAUGAGGAGGAGAGGUGGCUGGAUGCUCUGGAGAAAGGAGAGCUGGAUGAUAAUGGAGAGUUGAAGAAAGAGAUUGAUGAGUCUUUGCUCACAGCCAGACAGAAAGCGCUCCUACACAAGCAGCAAAUUCAGCCCUUACUAGAGCUCCCCAUGGGUUACAAGGAAAAGGAGCUCACAGCAGAGAUGAUGCAGAAGCGUGAAGAGCGCGCCCGUAAGCGCCGUCUUCAGGCAGCCAAGAAAGCAGAGGAGAACAAAAAUCAGACCAUCGAGAGGCUCACCAAGACAAGCAAAGCCAAAAUCAAGAGUAUGAGAGAACGCAAAUCAAAACUGGCCCAGCUGCCUAUGGUACGCUAUAGCAGUUCUUCUCAGGGUGUAGCCAUUUCUUACCCUGUCGGUGUACCUCCACCCACCCCUGCACCACCACAAGCACCCCCUCCUAUGCCUGUAAACUGUGGAGUGUCUGGAUGUUCCAAUCUGAAGAAAUAUUCCUGCUCGAAGACUGGGACUCCACUGUGUAGUCUGGAGUGUUACAAGAGAAACCUUCUAUUGGUGGAGGGUGUUGCCUAAAACUUAAUACCUACAGCUUAGUGUUUUUGUAGCGUCUGUGAUGUUUUUUUUUUUUUUUUUUAUUAUGCAGGCAUCCUAUUUCUGGUUGAUGUAAUUAUGUUUAAUACAAGGAGAUGAGUUUAAAUGGAUCAGUGUCAAAUCAUGGUGAAGUUGUAUUUAUAUUUUGUGAAUAUUAAGCCACAGUGGGCUUUAUUUGUAAGCAUAAACAGAAAAAAGUUAAAUUCAGCAGAUUGUGAGAAUGGUUUUACAAAUGAUUUCUGUGUAAAUUAUUAGCAAAAUCAACAUUGCAUAAAUGUUACUUUAAAUUUCAUUUGAUGUAUUAGGUCUGACUGUAUGACAGCAUAUUGUAUGUGAGCUAAAGGCAUGAGCAAAUUUUAUUUUUGUAAAAAGACUGAAAUAAAGAACACUCGAGUGAA